UAUCGAUAGCCGGAAUAAAACAAAGAUUUGCGAUAAAAAGUAAGAAAUAUAUUAAAAGUACAUUCGCAAUGGACACAGACACUGCACAAAAGACCUGGGAGCUUGAAAACAAUAUCCAGACGUUGCCCAGCUGCGACGAGAUCUUCCGUUACGAUGCCGAACAGCAGCGCCAAAUCAUCGAUGCAAAACCAUGGGAGAAAGAUCCGCAUUUCUUUAAGGACAUAAAGAUCUCAGCUCUGGCGCUCCUGAAGAUGGUUAUGCAUGCCCGCUCGGGCGGUACUCUGGAGGUGAUGGGUCUGAUGUUGGGCAAGGUUGAGGACAACACAAUGAUUGUUAUGGAUGCAUUUGCACUUCCAGUGGAGGGAACUGAAACACGCGUGAAUGCCCAAGCGCAGGCAUACGAGUAUAUGACCGCUUACAUGGAGGCAGCCAAGGAGGUGGGCCGCAUGGAACAUGCCGUGGGCUGGUACCACAGUCAUCCCGGAUAUGGUUGUUGGCUGUCAGGAAUAGAUGUUUCCACUCAGAUGCUUAACCAGACGUACCAGGAGCCCUUCGUGGCCAUUGUGGUUGACCCGGUGCGUACUGUUUCCGCUGGCAAAGUCUGCUUAGGAGCAUUCCGCACAUACCCGAAGGGUUAUAAGCCGCCAAACGAAGAGCCAUCGGAGUACCAGACUAUCCCGCUGAAUAAAAUCGAGGAUUUUGGUGUCCACUGCAAGCAAUACUACCCUCUGGAAAUUAGCUACUUUAAGUCGGCACUAGACCGCAAGCUUCUAGACUCUCUGUGGAACAAGUAUUGGGUAAAUACUUUGGGCAGCUCUGGACUGCUGACCAACACAGAGUACACUACCGGACAGAUCAUGGACCUUUCCGAAAAGCUGGAGCAGAGUGAGAACUUUUUAGGUCGCGGCACCGAUGUCAACGAAAAACGUUCCGAGGACAAGCUAUCUAAGGCCACCCGAGACUGCAGCCGCUCAACAAUUGAACUGAUACAUGGCCUAAUGGCUCAGAUUGUUAAGGACAAACUUUUCAACAAGGUCGGACUGGGAAAAUAAACCAAGACUUAAAAAAUAGCAAACUCCUAUUGAAUUUUAAAACACAUCGUGGAUUUUCUAUGCAAACAACCGAUUUAUAAUCCCAUUUCUUUGGGCAAAUAUUUUAAGUGAAUCAAGAUUAUCCAAAACAAGAAAUAUAUAAAGGCGCCUGUUAGGCGGGUAAAACUA